GUCACGACACAGUAACUGCGUCUAAGCAACAGUCUCGCAGACGUCUCUUCGAAACAGCCUCUAAAUGUUCGAGUAUAUUCGUUGAAAUAUGGAAGAAGCUCAGCAGAAUCAAAACGAAAACCAACAAGACAGUGCCCCUCGGGUUACAGAUAUCCAAGAAAAUAAAUGCAGCAGUCCUAGGACAGGUAAAGGCGAGAAGGAGAAUGAAAAGAAGAAGAAACCAAGAAAGAGGAAAAGAUCUGCAAAACAGAUAGACAGAUGGAACAGAUAUAGAGAAAAUAAAUAUAGGAAUUAUAUGCACGAUGCUGUCAAUGGCCAUGCUGACCCAGCUAGACGUGCAUCAUAUGCAAUGCCAUAUGUUUAUCCAUUAAUAUGGCCUGUAAUUAGGCCAGCUGACUUACCGAUUUCACGUGGCGUCUUAUACGCAGACACUCGCUAUGAAAGGCAAGUCCCAGAUACGCAAGCCUGGCAGAAUACUUCAGGAGUGUCGCAACACUCGAAGUCAUUUUUCUCAGACGACGAUCCUAAGCAACAAUUUGCUGAUACAUCUGCUCGUGUGAGGGUCUCGGAUAACCCAAAAGAAGAUUUAAUCCCGAAAGCUACUGUAUCAACAACAACAACAACCCCGGACAUUGUUUCCAGUUUGAGAGCAGACGCGGAAGUUUUUGUUCCCGGUGUGGCUGCAAAAUGCCUUGAACAACUUGUUUCCAACAUCAACACCCCUGCUACGGAACGAGUUGAUCAUCCAGGAGAUAUAAGGUCGCAGAAGAUAGACCCUCAACCAAAAGCCGACGCGGACAUGUUUGUUGGAGAAGCAGGACCGCUAGAUGAAAUACCUAAGGUGUUUGAAACACCGGCCAAACUAUCUGACACCCCACUGCCUUUACCAGAAACACGUCUACGUAAUACUGAUGUUCCUGCUAAACUCAAGACCGAUCACGACAUUCGCGAUGAAGACAUGUUUGGAAUCCUGUCGGUCUAUGCUGACAGCGGUCUUCACAACGAGUUUGAUAAGAUGGUGUGCAGCAACACAAUGAAAGAAGACUUUGGUUACGUCUAUUUUUCUAUCUCAGAUCUUUAAAAUUGUAAAACAAAUGUAUAAUAAAACUCAUUUUAAAAUUAA